AUGGCGGCCGGGUCGUCCUCCUGCUCUCCGGUCCUCCUCCUCCUCCUACUCUUCCUCGCCUCGGCCGGCGCCGGCGCAGGCGAGGCUUCGACGACGUCGACGUCGACGUCGGCCCCGGCGCUGGACCAGGUGUGCGGGAGGUUGGGCAGCUACUACGUGACGCCGUCCCUCUGCUUCUCCGCGCUGUGCGCCGACGCGUCGUCGCCGUGCCGCGCCGCGCGGGACGCGCCCGCCGUGGCGGCGCUCGCGGCCAGGCUGGCGGCCGACAACGCCACGGCGGCCAGGGACAGCAUCGAGGCCGUCUUCUCCCCGUCGUCAUCCACCUCCUCCUCCCCUGCCGCCGCCGCCGCGGCGGCCGCGCGGUCGUGCCUGCAGCUGUACGCGGGCGCGGUGCCGGCGCUGCGGUGGGCGGCGCGGGCCGUGGCCGCGGGGCGGUACCGCGGCGCGCGGGAGGUGCUGCAGGCGGCGCAGUACGUCGCCGCGGGCUGCGAGGGCAUCGCGGGCGACGCGGCCGCCGCGCUGCCCCGCGAGAACGACGGAUUCGCUGACAUGGCCUUCGUCGCGCACGCCGUCGUCGCCUCCAUGUCCACCGACUGA